GGCACGGCACAGAGCAGGAUGGCACGGCACGGCACGGCCCUGCUGGAGCGCGGGGCCGCACAGUGCCCAGCCCGGUGCGCUGCCGUGGGGCAGGGCUGUGGGGCAGGGGGUGCCCUCGAGGGGAGGCUGUGCCGGUGCCGUGCCCGGUGCCAGCACACGGCGGGGCUCUGCUGGGGUUUCUGGGGCUGCCGGGAGCGGGGUUAAUGAUUAACCCCUCGUGGCACGCGGGAUGGCUGCCCCAAGCCAUUGGGCACGGCCCCAUCGCCGCGGCACGUGAUCGGGGAUGGGACCUGCGGGUGGCACAGGCGCCGUGGCCCCGGCCCCUUCCUCAGUGCUCCGCCACCCAUGGAUUUCCUCCUGCACCCCCCGCCCGAGCAGGAUGCGCUGGGCCCCGGCUCGCCCAAGUUUGGGGAGGAGGAGGAGGAAGAGAAGGACCUGAACAAGGCGCUGGGCGUGGAGCGCUUCGAGGAGAUCCUGAGCGACUCGCACCCCCGCAACGCCGAGGAGGCCGGGCGCAGCUACGGCGAGGAGGACUUCGAGUAUCACCGCCAGUCGUCCCACCACAUCCACCACCCGCUCUCCACCCACCUGCCCCCCGACGCCCGCCGCAAGAAGGGAGCGCCCAAAAAGGGCAAGAAGAAGCGCCCCCGCGCCUCUGCCCCCGGAGAGACCCCCACCAUCGAGGAGGCCGAAGAGGAUGAGGACGAGGCGUGCGACACGGAGACGGAGCGCUCGGCCGAGGAGCUGCUGCAGGGUGCCCCGACGGAGGCCGUGCAGGUGGGGGCUGCUCGCGGCGGGGGCCGGGGGGCUGCUGGUGCCCGUGGGAGCCAAUUUCUCCCCUUUUCUUGGUUGCAGUUCUUCCUGCAGGAGGACGAGGCAGCCGACCGCCGCGCAGAGGAGCCGGCAGCACCCCCGGCACCGCCAGCCCCCCCGGCAGAGCCCUGCAGGGCCGUGUCCCCCAAGGCAGCCAGGGCAGCCAGCCCCAAUGCCGAGGAGGGACGCUCAGCGGAGGGCCCGGCCGCCGAGGAAGCCGGUUCCCCCGGCCGCCCCGCGGCCAAGUCGCAGCCGGGGCACCGCAGCUACAACCUCCACGAGAGGCGGCGGAUCGGCAGCAUGACGGGCGCGGAGCAGGCGCAGUACCAGAAGAUGCCCACGGACGAGUCGGAGGCCCAGACGUUGGCCUCGGCCGACCUGGACUACAUGAAGAGUCACCGCUUCGAGGACGUGCCCGGGGUGCGCCGGCACCUCGUGCGGAAGAGCGCCAAGGCGCAGGUUGUCCACGUCAGCAAGGACCACAAGGAGCCGAGCACGCGGCACCGCAAGCAGGACCGGCAGCCACACGAGGUGUUCGUGGAGCUGAACGAGCUGGUGGUGGACAAGAACCAGGAGCUGCAGUGGAAGGAGACUGCGCGCUGGAUCAAGUUUGAGGAGGACGUGGAGGAGGAGACGGACCGCUGGGGCAAGCCGCACGUGGCCUCGCUGUCCUUCCGCAGCCUCCUGGAGCUGCGCAAGACCCUGUCCCACGGUGCCGUGCUCCUCGACCUGGACCAGAAGACUCUGCCGGGGGUGGCUCACCAGGUGGUGGAGCAGAUGGUCAUCACCGACCAGAUCCGGGCCGAGGACCGCGCCAACGUGCUGCGGGCGCUGCUGCUCAAGCACAGCCACCCGAGCGACGAGAAGGAUUUCUCCUUCCCCCGCAACAUCUCGGCCGGCAGCCUGGGCUCGCUGCUCGUGCACCACCACAGCACCAACCACGUGGGUGAGGGCAGCGAGCCGGCCGUCACCGAGCCCCUCAUCGCCGGCCACGCCGUGGAGCACGACACGCGGAUCGACGUGGAGCGGGAGAGGGAGGUCCUGGCCCCGCCACCCCCGGCUGGCAUCACUCGCUCCAAGUCCAAGCACGAGCUGAAGCUGCUGGAGAAGAUCCCGGACAACGCCGAGGCCACGGUGGUGCUUGUGGGCUGCGUGGAGUUCCUGGACCAGCCCACCAUGGCCUUCGUGCGGCUGCAGGAGGCCGUGGAGCUGGACUCGGUGCUGGAGGUGCCCGUCCCCGUGCGCUUCCUCUUCGUGCUGCUGGGGCCCAGCAGCACCCACAUGGACUACCACGAGAUCGGGCGCUCCAUCUCCACCCUCAUGUCCGACAAGCAAUUCCACGAGGCCGCCUACCUGGCCGACGACCGCCACGACCUCCUCAACGCCAUCAACGAGUUCCUGGACUGCAGCGUGGUGCUGCCGCCCUCGGAGGUGCAGGGCGAGGAGCUGCUGCGCAGCGUCGCCCACUUCCAGCGCGAGAUGCUGAAGAAGAGGGAGGAGCAGGAGCGGAGGCUGCUGCUGGAGCCCAAGUCCCCCGAGGAGAAAGCACUGCUGAAGCUGAAGGUGGUGGAGGGCGAGGGCGAGGACGAGGACGAUCCCCUGCGGCGCACGGGCCGGCCCUUCGGGGGGCUGAUCCGGGACGUGCGGCGGCGCUACCCCAAGUACCUGAGCGACUUCAGGGACGCGCUGAACCCGCAGUGCAUCGCCGCCGUCAUCUUCAUCUACUUCGCCGCGCUGUCCCCGGCCAUCACCUUCGGAGGGCUGCUGGGGGAGAAGACGCAGGACCUGAUCGGGGUGUCGGAGCUGAUCAUCUCCACGUCGCUGCAGGGCGUGCUCUUCUGCCUGCUGGGCGCACAGCCCCUGCUCGUCAUUGGCUUCUCGGGGCCCCUGCUGGUCUUUGAGGAGGCUUUCUUCACGUUCUGCACCUCCAAUGACCUGGAGUACCUGGUGGGACGCGUCUGGAUCGGCUUCUGGCUCAUCCUCAUCGUGCUGGUCAUGGUGGCCUUCGAGGGCAGCUUCCUGGUGCGCUUCGUCUCCCGCUUCACGCAGGAGAUCUUCGCCUUCCUCAUCUCCCUCAUCUUCAUCUACGAGACCUUCUCCAAGCUGGUCAAGAUCUUCCAGGAGCACCCCCUGCACAACUGCACGAGGGACAACGGCACGGAGGCGGAGGCCUGGCGGGAGGGCAGCACGGCCCCGGCCAACAGCACGGGGGGCCGCGCCGCCACCAAGGUGACCGGGCAGCCCAACACGGCGCUGCUGUCGCUGGUGCUCAUGGCCGGCACCUUCUUCAUCGCCUUCUUCCUGCGCAAGUUCAAGAACAGCCGGUUCUUCCCCGGACGGAUUCGGCGGCUCAUCGGGGACUUCGGGGUGCCCAUUGCCAUCCUGGUGAUGGUGCUGGUGGACUACAGCAUUCACGACACCUUCACGCAGAAGCUGAGUGUGCCCAGCGGGUUCUCGGUGACGGCCCCGGAAAAGCGGGGCUGGGUGAUCAACCCCCUGGGCGAGAAGAGCGACUUCCCCGUGUGGAUGAUGGUGGCCAGCGGCCUCCCCGCCAUCCUCGUCUUCAUCCUCAUCUUCAUGGAGACGCAGAUCACCACGCUGAUCAUCAGCAAGAAGGAGCGGAUGCUGCAGAAGGGCUCUGGCUUCCACCUCGACCUCCUGCUCAUUGUGGCCAUGGGCGGUUUCUUUGCGCUCUUCGGGCUGCCCUGGCUCGCCGCGGCCACGGUGCGCUCCGUCACGCACGCCAACGCGCUCACCGUCAUGAGCAAGGCCGUGGCGCCCGGGGACAAGCCCAAGAUCCAGGAGGUGAAGGAGCAGCGGGUCACCGGGCUGCUGGUGGCCGUGCUCGUCGGGCUGUCCAUCGUCAUCGGGAAGCUGCUGCAGGCGAUCCCGCUGGCCGUGCUCUUCGGGAUCUUUCUCUACAUGGGCGUCACCUCCCUCAAUGGCAUCCAGUUCUACGAGCGCCUGCAGCUGCUGCUGAUGCCCCCCAAGCACCACCCUGAUGUCCCCUACGUCAAAAAGGUGCGCACGCUGCGCAUGCACCUCUUCACCGGGCUGCAGCUGGCGUGCCUGGCCGUGCUGUGGGCCGUCAUGUCCACGGUGGCCUCCCUGGCCUUCCCCUUCAUCCUCAUCCUCACGGUGCCACUCCGCAUGUGCCUGCUCAGCCGCAUCUUCACCGACCGCGAGAUGAAGUGUCUGGACGCAGACGAGGCCGAGCCCAUCCUCGACGAGCGGGAAGGUGUGGACGAGUACAACGAGAUGCCGAUGCCGGUGUGAGCCUGUGCCAGCCCGCGAGCCGCCCGCGGGGCCCCGGUGCUGCCGCCCCGCGCGGGGCUGGGGGCAGCGGCUGCGCAGCCGGGGACGGGCCCCCCCGUGCCCCCCAUGCCCCCGGGGCUCCGCUGUGCCGGCCGGGGGCCCCCUGCCAAAGAGAAGCCGUCCCGCGGCCUCACCCCAUGGGGACCCCCUGGGGCACCCCGCUCGCCGCCGCUGCAGCGCGGGGGGCUCGUGCCUUUGGUCCCCCCCCCGGCCACGUCCCAAGUGCGCCGUGGGGCAGAGCCCCCCCAGCACUCCCGUGCCCUGCCCCAGCUCCUCUGCCACCCCGGCCCGACAAUCAGGCGUUAGAGCCGCCCGCCACCGCGUUUCAUGUAACUGCACUGGCAAGAACCAAACAGCUUGGCAGCGAGCGCGGCGGGACCAGGAGCGCCCAGGGCAGGGCUGGGGGCAGCACCCGCGCAGCGCCCGUGGCAGGGGGGCUGCUGGCCCUGGGGACCCGCGGCCACCCCCCUGGCAGCUCCCUGGGGCUGGGGGCAGCCCGCAGCCUCGGAUGAAUAAAGAGACCGGACUUUGCA